AUGGGACUGGCAUCUACAGCUCCAGCCAACAUGUCUUCUCUGAAACAAGCAAUCCGCCUCAACUUGACAGUUGGCUACACAGAAGUGGAAGAGCUAUGGGAGUGGACAAAAGACCCUGUUGGGACCCUGCACAGCAUGAUUGCCAAGUACUUCCCAGGCAAGCUGUUCAAGGUCAACUUCAGAGUCAAGUGCCCUGGAGAAAAACCCACCUGGGUGCAUGUGGCUCCAGACAAAUCGGUGCUAGAAGAACUGAAGACAGAGAAAGACGAGAGGUGGGAGCUCAUCGAGAUCCGUGUGGACUACGAAAACUGUCCAUUGGCACCUGUUUCCUUCCUUGUCGGAGGACCUUCGGUGGACCUCAAUACCUUUGCAGCCUGUGUUGCUCACCAAACGGCUGUGCAGUGCUGCUGUGCAAACGAAGACAUGAUGGUGGAAGCCAACGGCAAGGGUGGCUUUCCUGGACCUCCAGUUCCACCCACCUCCUUCAUGUCGGCCCAAGGCGUUGUUUUUACUGAAAAAGGUUAUCCCACUCCCGAAUGCACUGCAGCCCUGUGCUCUGUCUCCCCGACCAACUGGGACGGAGCAACUGGCGAACAACAAACAGACGGCAACCUCCUGUUCAGGAAGCACCACCACCCCAAGCCCAAACCCCCCAAGCCAAAGCCCAAGCCUGUUGUUCAGAAACAGAAGGUCAUCAUUCCCAGACCCAUGCAGGAAAUUGUUCUGUCUGAGAACGCCACAGACUGCUCUGCCAACGAUGUCUACCUGAAAGCGAUUGAGAUGGUGUCUUCUGAAGGCCUCACUCUUAAUGUGGCUCUGUUCACGUCUGACAACCAGUACAUUGACCCAGACAUCAAAAGCAUGAGAGAAGAAUUUGGACAGACUAUCAACAUUUACGGACUUGUGCUGGGGCAAGUUCAAAAGAAGGACAGGGCUAACUUCUUUGCCAACCCGAGGAAGAGGCCUUGCACAGAAGGCGAAGACUGCAUGCCCAUGCCCCCACCUUCUACCCAGAAAAUUGAACUCAUUGUUCAAAUCAACAACAACGAAGAACACUACAAAAUAUCUACAAACAACACCCUGAUGAAGAUUGCAAAGGAGCUGUUUGACAACGGAGAUGUGCAUGCACCUGAGGAAGUGGAAUUCAAGACAAUGGACGGAAAAGUGGACGGAAAAGUGCUGUCGCCCAGGACUAAGAUAGGGGUCCUGGGUCUGACUGAUGGGGAGACCAUAUGUGCAUCGCCAGUCACAGAGAACAUGUAGUGUUCAUCGCCACUAGACCAAAUGGACCAAUCUAAUGACUAUUGCAUGUGUAGCUAGUUUCAUUUCCUGUUUUUGUAUAGCUUCGCCUUGUAUGUUCUAUUUAAAGGACGCUCUUUUUGUUUUACGACUAUAUAAAGUUGGCAUCAUGACCACCCUACUGUCAAUCUCUUUCAUUGCAAUAUUCCUGAGCAUGAGUUUGGCUGGUUCUUUUCCCGAUCAUCAAGUAAACACUUUGGGAUCACAGCUUGUGAAGCUGGCACGUUCCCGUGUGACUGAGCCGGUGGAAAUUCCACAAGAAAUGGAUCAAGCUUUGGCAGACAUGGUUCGCUUGCACAACGAGGAAGUCCUCAAGUUCAACAGAGCCAAUCCAGGUGCAGGGGACCAGGCUGAACUGUGGCUGAAGCAAAAAAAGACUGAUUUUGUGGAAUUCCUUGACCUGAUCAGAAGCAAGUCUAAGUCGCUUGACCAACCUGACAGGCCCCCCCCUGAUAUAAAACAGCUGGAACGAGAAUACGAAGAGCACUGGAAGCAGCACAACAAACAGAGGAGAGAGCACUUUGAGAGAAGGAAGAAGAUGGCUGAAGAGCGCAUUAAAGAGUACACUGAUGGCCCUCUUGACGACGAACUGGUCACCAAACUUACCGAAGCCGAACUGGACUUUGAGAGGAAGAAGGUGGCACGCACGGAACAGUUCAAGAAGCGCAUGAGGCAAUUCAAGGAAGGGGAAGACUUUACAGACGAAGGUAUGGAUGCCAGCAGUCCCCUGGAGAAGCCACCUUUUGACUUCAGUCAGACCGCAUCCAUUGUGGAAAUUGUCGACUCAGCUGCCACAGACUCCACUCAGCAAAGUGCCACUCUCUGCUCUCAGACCAGACCAAAUUGAGCGCCUGACAAGUGUGACCGACAUGGAUGAUGGCAUGCCACUUGGAGUUUGAAUGGAGUCUUCAAACUCAAUCCUGCUCCGACUAAGAGGGUUAAAAAAUCUACUGAGACAAACCCAUGCACUAAAGAGAUCAAUUGUACUGAUCAGAAGUGUACCACAACUACUUGUGAACCGACACCAGAACCGACACCUGUUGUAGAGGAUCCAUCCGACGAAGAGGUAGACGGAGAGAUCAGAAUGAUGCCUGGAGCACAGCCUUUGGUUGGUCUCAUAGCUCCUGGGUCUUACACUGCCAUAGAACUCAAGAAUCCUGACCCCAAGGUUGCCAAGCCCCACAAGGUGAAGAUCCUCAUGCAGCAGACUGGGGACAUGGCCGAAGACAUGAAGCGUGCCAAGUACCUGGAGAAGAUAAUGGCUGGGCUGUCUGCAAACACAAAAAUGACAGAAGGUGAGGAGUAGUAGUGGAUAUCUGUAAGCGAGGCGAGAUUGAUGUCGGCACUGCCCCUCAUUCAGGUCAAGUGGAAUUCAAAGAAGAUGUCCCUCUGGAGGAAGGUGCCGUUGUUGUCACUACUAAGGUCAUACCUGGAGACAUUGAUGCCGACUGUGACGAAGUAUGGGGUGGUCAAUGGUACAUUGACGAAGAGGGUGCACCUGUGGUGUCUGUAUCCACACGACAAAGACUCACUCUUUGACAAGCUCCUUGGAUACCCCGUGAAAGUGCCCUCAGUCAAGAUCAGGAAACUGGGAUAUGGGAAGGAGUUCAAAGGCCUCUUCAUCGAGUGGGCCUUUGAGCAUUUUGAGUGGAAGCAUCCGACGCCAAUGAACAAGAUAUUGGCAGACAACAGAAUGCCUCACCCCCUCUAUCCAGACAUCUAUGUCGACCCGAUCAACGGUUUUCCAAAAGACAAAGAUGCAUACCCCCUAAGCAUUCCUGUCCUUGAUCUUCCUCUGUACAAGCACUUGGACAGAGAAUUGAAGACCAGGUCUCACAAGCUCUUCAUCCUGGAUUGCUUCAGCUUCCUCAGAAGAAACCCUGAGAGGGAGGCCAAAAUCCCUCUUGCUGUUCGCACGCAAUUUGUCUGUGAUGCCAACGAGACCUGGCUGUAUCUGGAAGCUGCCCUUUUCACACUGCAAUCCACCAACAGGUACCAGGUG